AUAACGCAACUCACUUGCUCACUCCACACAAUAUAGACAACCCAGUUGCCCAUUUACGUAUCACAAACCUGCGAGAGAAUUCUCAGAAGACAAUACAGAGAAACACAGAGAAAAACAGAAGCAAUGGGGGUCUCCUUCCUCUCAACUUCCCCUCCUUUGCUUUCACUUGUUCCCGUCCCAUCUCACAGGACAGCUACCAUUGUUGCCGCCACCAGAUAUCCCUCUUAUGCAGUUACGAUUCGUUGUUGUAAAAUGGAAACUGAUGAGGAUCAGGAUCGGUUCUGUAGGAGGGACAUUCUUAAAUGUUUUGGUGUCACCAUUGGCAUGGAAUUAAUGGCAAGCUCUGGAUCAUUUGUGGAAAAAGCUAGUGCUGCUGAUUUGAUACAACUGAGACAGCGAUCUGAGUUUCUUUCUAGAGUCAGGGGGACCCUGUCUACGGCUAUAAAGGGAAGUCCAGACCUUAUCCCACCCAUAUUAACGUUGGCACUGAAUGAUAUCAUGACUUAUGAUAAGGCAACAAAAUCUGGGGGCCCAAAUGCAUCCAUACGGUUCAGUUCAGAGUUAAGCAGGCCUGAAAACAAAGGGCUUUCUGCUGCUUUGAAUUUAUUAGAGGAAGCAAAGAAAGAGAUAGAUUCAUAUUCCAAGGGUGGACCGAUUUCCUAUGCAGAUCUCAUCCAAUUUGCAGCGCAAGGUGCCGUUAAGGCUACAUUCCUAGCUUCUGCCAUUCGAAAAUGUGGUGGGAAUGUAGAGAAAGGGAACUUGGUAUAUACUGCAUAUGGUUCAAGCGGGCAGUGGGCGUUGUUCGACAAGCAAUUGGGAAGGGCAGAUACCCAAGAGCCAGAUCCAGAGGGAAGGGUUCCCCAAUGGCAGAAAGUAAGUGUCAAGGAAAUUAAAGACAAGUUCUCAGCUAUUGGCUUUGGUCCACGCCAGGUAGCUGUGAUGUCUGCAUUCAUGGGUCCAGAUCAGGCUGCAACAGAGGCCUUUUUGGCUACUGAUCCGGAUGUUUCUCCAUGGGUUCAGAAAUAUCAACGUAGCAGAGAAACAGUAUCUCAGACGGAUUAUGAGGUUGAUCUGAUAACGCUGCUCACAAAAUUAGGUUGCUUGGGUCAGAAAAUCAAUUACGAGGCAUAUUCAUAUCCCGUGAAAAAAGUUGAUUUGACCAAACUCAAAUUGUAGAGGGAAAAGCUAAAUAGCCUGUGGAAAGCAGCAGCACCAACUGCAGCGAGGAACUUUUUCUUUUUGAAAAAAUAAUGUAAGUCUUAGAUUUAAAAUAAUGCCACUUUCAACCAAUAUAAAUUCUUCCGCCAGAAUUAGUCAC